CUCUCCUUUAUUUCCUUUUCACUCCCUUUUCCUUGUUUUUUCUCCAUUUUAUCUCUUUUUUUACCCCGUUCCUCUCCAGAACGUGAAGCUGCUGGACCAGUUCAUCUGUCCCCACUCAGGAGUCAUCUUCCACCCCAUCCACACAGGGAUCUGCCUGAAGCAGCACAAGCGCCUGUCCCAGGCCAUCGCCCAGGCCCAGGACCGCGGUCUCCUGUGGCUCCGUGUCCCCUUCGUGCCGGUCCCUCAGGAGGAUUUCUCCAACCAACACCCGGCCGUGGGGAAAACUCCCCCGGCGCCCGCCCUGAGGGAGCCGGGCCGGGCCUGGUACCCCUGGUACGAGUGGCAGCAGCCCCCCGCCGCCGAGGUGGCCCGGAUGCGUCGCCUUUACCGGGGAUUCCUCAAGGAGAAUUACCCGGAUAACCCCCCAAGCCCGUCGGGGAAAUAAAACCGUUAAAAAUCCUCCA